UCCUCCUCAUCAUCUCCAGUGCUGAUCUCUGGGCAGAAGGGGGUGUGUUCUCAUCACAGCGCUGGAAAUCCCCCCAUUAGUCACAUAAAAGGGACCCGGACGCCAGUUCUACAUCAUAUUAAAGCUCGAUCCUGAGCCGAAGGAGGACUUUAAACUAUGUAGGCACGGUGGACAGGGUUUAAAUGGGCAAUCUGAUGGGCAUCUGGAGAUAUAAGGAGCCGAGCACAGUGGAAGAAUGCGACUCGACGUGGGAAACGGACUCAGAGAGCGACGAGCAUCAGCUGGGAGGAGAGGAAGAGGAGGAGGAGGACAGCGGCAUCUCCGAGUCCAUGAGUCCGGCGGAUGCAGUCAGAGGAGCCCAGCAGCUGGAUCACGGAUCACCGAAGUUUGGUGACAAGAUGGAGUCCUCUACUAGGAUGAAAAGGAGCUUUUACGCCGCAAAGGACUUGUACAAGUAUCGGCACAGUUAUCCGAACUACAGGGAGCUUCAUCACCCGAGCGAAUACCGCAAUCUGAGGUUCUAUCUGAAUAAGAUCCCCCUGGUGCCGGACGGUAUUUAUAUUGAAGAAAUCCUCACUAAAUGGAGGGGCGACUAUGAAAAAUUAGAGCACAAUCACACAUACAUUCAGUGGCUCUUCCCACUCAGAGAACAAGGCCUAAAUUUUUAUGCUCAAGAACUCACUCAGGAUGAGAUAAAGGAAUUCCAAAGCACCCGAGAAGCCAGGAGACGCUUCCUCCUAGCAUAUACGAUCAUGUUGGAUUUCUUUGGAAUCAAGCUAUUGGAUAAAAACGGGAACGUGGCUCGGGCCCCAAACUGGCAAGAUCGCUUCCAGCACCUGAAUGAGUCGCAGCACAAUUACCUGCGCAUUACUCGCAUUCUGAAGAGUCUUGGUGAACUGGGCUUUGAAAGCUUCAAGCUUCCUCUGGUGCAUCUGCUGUUGGAGGAGGCGCUGGUGGAGGGCACUUUACCCAACAUGCGUCACAGCGCACUGGAAUACUUCGUCUACACGCUGCGCCAACACAGUCAGAGACGAGCCCUGCUCCGCUUCGCCCAGCGCCACUACCAGCCACCUGAGAACUUCAUCUGGGGUCCACCCAAGAAAAAGCGCAUUCUGGCCUCUGGAUCCGCAGGGAUGAAGUCAGGGAAAAAUGAGGUGGUGGAGAGGAGUGUGGGCAAAGCCAGGUCACCCAGGGAGGGCAGAAAUAACUUAGUGAGAGAGGCAGACGACAUGGACAAUAGGAAGAGUGGAGAGUGGAAAACAUGGAAAGGGUCCAAGCUCCUUCAGGAGGUCAGGGGAAGGGUAGAUCUAGAAGAAUACAUUGAGACCAUUCCUCUGUAAGAAUAGAAAGAAUUAUCAGAGUAGUUUAAGAUGAUCUUAAAGUUAGGUUAAAGAAUGGCACAGCAAUAUUAUUCCAUACUAUUGCCUUUUAGAGACUUGCUUUUUGAACAACUUGACUGUUUGCCCUUUUUUUAAUAUGAGGCGUUUUUCUUAACUCUGAAUACUUUUCAAAGUGUUAGCAGGUAAAUUUCUCUACUGUAAUUCUUACUUGCAGCCCUCUGGAGAGUUCUUAGCACAUGUUCAAGUGUGAGUAUACAGUAUAUAAGUGCUACCUGAGCACAUUGUAUGUGUGAAAUAUUGCACUUUUUGACUAUUCCGUCUUCCCCUUUUUGAGAACAUUAUCUUAGUGUACAGGCUUUGAGAUGAGGCUUUAUUUGCUAAUCAUAAGCCCGUCUCUUAGACAGAUGUCUCUUGUUUUCCGUCCAGAGCUCGCUGAUUAUUCGGAUACUCGUAGCUCCUUGUAUCAGACCAUAAUAAUAAUAAUGUGUAGUAAGUGUUAAUAUACUUGCAGGAAUUUUCAGGUAAUUGAUCUUCCAUGUUUCUAAAGGUACGUGUGAGAUCUUAAUCCAGUUUUCUAGAAUACGUCUUACAAUAUGAAGUGCCUCUUCUUUCGUUUGUUAAAGCAUACGUGACGUGCUUUAUCAUUUCGAUUCGGAAGUCGCACAGUAAGCCGUUUGUGGAGAAAUGCAAUUAUAAAUGAGCAAAACAAACUUGAAUUCAGCCUCUUUUGUGUUUUAUGUUAUUUUUUCGAUAAAACAUAGCCUUAGCUCUGAUUUUAGAAUGAAAAUGAAAAUAAAUGCAAUAUACUCUAGUAAAUGUGGUGUGAAAGUAACCGCCUCAAGUUCAAUUGGCGGCACAAUACACACUUGUUUACCGAUCAUAACUUGCUAGUUAAAGCACAUCAAAAGGUAUAUAUAUAUAUAUAUA